AUGGUCUCCUUGGAUGGCGGUGGAGUGCGCGGUCUCUCAUCACUGCUCAUUUUGCGGCUCUUACUCGUCCUUGUCACCGAAGAGCUCGCUCGGAGGAACGUUGUACCCCACGGUCGUCCAACACUGAAUCCGCAAGAUGUUUUCGACAUCGCCGUCGGUACCAGUACUGGUGGAUUGAUUGUCUUGAUGAUGGUCAAGUUGAACAUGUCGAUUGAUGAGUGCAUUCAACAAUACAAAGUCCUUUCCAGCGAGAUAUUCGCGAAAGAACGGCCAGCAUUGAAAAGGCUUUUUGGUUCCGACUGGUCAAAGUUCUCGGGCGAAGCACUCAGCAAAGCUAUAGAAAAGCUGCUGGCAUCAGAAGGGCAUGCUCCCGAUCUCAAACUACGCAGCGCGCAUGCAAACAGUAUGCAAGGGACUGUUCUCUGCCACGAAAAACCCAAUCCGCAUCCUAUCUUCUUCUGUACCCACGAGUGCCAGGGCCCCUAUCGACAACAGAUGCUGGACUGUGACCUGGAGCUACGGCAAGCUGCACGUGCGACCUCAGCAGCCCCUUCAUACUUUGAACCAAUGGUAAUCCGAGGGCGAUCGUUUACGGAUGGCGGGAUAGGAGAAACCAACAACCCAUCCUGGGAGGGAAAACUGCACUACCACAGAAACCACGGUCUCCGUGAGGAAGAGCGGAUGGUCAUGAUCAAUGUUGGGACCGGGACGUUACCUGAAGAAUUCUAUGAGGCUCACGAUCAGGGAGCCCUGCGGCCUUGGUGGACUCGACUUGUGCCAAACGGUCUGGUAAACGCACUUGGUCUCGUGGCGGACCUCAUUCACAUUGCUACCGAAUCAGAAGGACCUGCUGCACGCCUCGCCGUCAUAUCCGACAUGCUUCCCGAUCAGUUUUUCUUUGAACGAUUCAGCGCCGAUACAGGCAUUCAUGGCAUCAAACUAGAUAAUUGGCGAGCAGUCACAGAUAAGGAUGGUCCAAGUGAGAUCGAAGUGAAGACAAAUACCUACCUAGGAAAGCCAGAAGUACGCCAACGCAUGGUCGCUGCCGCCAAGAAACUUGCCGAUGUCUACGUGGUCAGGAACAGC